ACACGAGAACUAAAAACCUAGUACUGCACGGUGUACUUCACCACUUGCACUUGCUCAACAAAAUAGUGCUCCUAUUUUCACUAUACAUAUAUACAUAAACGAUUUUGAGAUAUGUUUUCGCGAGGACUCACCCUUAUAUUUCUCGCGACAAAAAUCAGAAGUAAAAAUCCAGUGUGCUAACAGUGUUUAUUUUUCUUCAUUUUCUAUUAGAAAAAAUAUAAAGCAAUUUUAAAAAUAUCAAUUAAUUGCCAGCUCGUCAUCAUCCAAAAAGGAAGAAAGUUCCACACACGAAUCGUAACUUGAAGAGAUCGAUUACCAUGGGGCGGAUUAAAUAUAAUAAUCAUGAAAAUGACAUGUGAAUAUUAUGAUUCUAAUCAUGAAAUAAAUUUCAUUUUUUUAUCGAUUUUACCUAUUCCUAAAGGCACUAAGUGAAAAUUUCGACUUGAGAAUCGAAAAAAAAAUGUUAUUAUAAUUGUGAAAUGUGAGGCUUGGAAAUUUCAUUGUCAAGAGUAGUAAAAAGGGCGCGGAGAAGUUACCAUAAAAAAAGAUCUAGCUUAAUUAUCAUGGCAUUGGUAAUGUUGCCUUGUGACCUGCCAUGGUGGUCAGCAGUGAUAAAACAAUUGGACAAGGCAGCGAAUGCGAGAAAUACGGAAGAUCUCUUAGAUACAAUGCUAAGGUUACACGAUAUGUGCAACAUCAGUCUCGACCCUGAUGAGGAUAAUCACGAUUCCGAUUUAUUUAUCGCAUUUGGACGAUUUUUAGAGGAAGAUCUUACUCCCGCGGAACGAAAACAAGUGUUUUCGAAAACAAUACCAAAAAUCGUUGAAAGAGCAAAAGCUCUAAGACCUUGUAAACCACCAUUGGGUUUGCAUUUUAGUUUACAACAGCAAGGUGACACUGUAGAUUAUAAUUAUGGAUUUGUAUCAUCAUUAAUAGCAAAUGCUUUUUUCUCCACUUAUCCAAAACGAACAGCAAAAACUCAUCCCACACUUAGGGAUUUCAAUUUUACACAUUUUUUCCGGAAUUUACAUCUAAACUCCCAGAAAGCUAAGUUACGAUGUAUAUUCAAUUAUUUCGAUUACCUUGACAUGGAAAAUGCAUUAGAUGGAAAAAUCACUAUAUCGAGACAGGUAAUGACGUCCAAGCAAUGGUUAACAAUUGAAGACUGGCUAGAGAGUAGUGUCCCACUUUGCCCAUUAUCCAUUCGUCAUGAAGGACGUUUGGAUCGAAUAGAAUCAGAAACAAAAGUUUUACACGUUUGUUUUGCAAGUUCAAGAUUAGGUGGAGGAGUUUUAGAAGAACAAUUCUCACAAGAAACAAUAUAUUUAUGCACACAUCCUGAACUUCUUUCUGCAAUUUUAUCAGUUGAGGCCUUAGAAGACAACGAAGUUUUGAUAGUAGAAGGCGUGAGGCAUUUUUCACGAAUAAAAGAUCCCAAAAAUAGAGCUUCUUUUGAAGCUAUUUCACAACCAUGUACCGUGACAGUAUGCUGUAUGGAUGCGGAAGAUUAUUCUCAUCUUCCAGUUAGUCAAUUUGAAGAAGACAAUAUUUUACGAGAAAUGAAUAAAUCUCUUUUGGGAUUUCGACAAAGACAUAUUCCAAGUAGUCCUACGGAUCCAGUGCGUAGUGAAUCCGAUUCUGAAACAGGUUUAAGCGCCCGAAGAUUAUCACCAAUUGGAGAAAGUUUUAGUAGUACACCACCGGAAGUUGAUCAUGAAAUAAAACCACCAACUGAAAUUAAACCACCAACUGUAAAUAGUACUGGCAGUCAAACAAAUGACACAAUUUUCAAUGAAACUGAUGAGCGCACAAAGGAAAUUAGAACACGAGGGAAUGGAGCAUCGAAUCCUGGCGCAACAAAUGCAACACUAAAUUGUCCAAAUAGAAAAAAUCGUUUUAUAGUUUUAGGAUCGAGUGGAGAAAUUUUACCAGUGACACGAAAAUCUAUAGGUCAAAUGUCAGUCUACAGUAGUUGUAACAGUCAAAGUACUGACAGUUUUCACAGUGCUAAAGACACAAUCGACGAGGAAGCAGAAGAUGAUGAAAAUAAAUUAUUAAAACGCUACACUCACAUGGAUUCCCCAGAGAGAAAAGGAACAUUUGCUCAAAGACUUAAAGAAGCUUUAAAACGAGAAAGCUCGGCCACUUGCACAUCUUCCAAUAAUUCUUCCACCGAAAGUAGCUAUGCAGUUGGAAUUAGUGUCACCGGCAGCCACGUGGGAGAUCAAAACAUCAAACUCAGAAGAGGUGGAUCGAGAGGGUUUGUCCUGCGUGAUGAGACAGUAGAUGAGGAAUUUUUAAAAGAAUCCCUCGAAGCUGAACAAAAAUGGUUGGGAAGAUUUCGACAAUGUCAACCGGCAAUUUUUCAAAAAAAAGAAAGUAGCGCUAGUAGUAGAUAUAGUUUUAGCACCGAAUACAGUUCAGAUUUUUGCUCGGAACUGGAAGAAGUCUAUGAGCAAUUAUCAAAAUGGUUAGAGGAACCAGGAGAAAAUGAUGAGAAUCCAGAAAUGGAUGCGAGAGAUCAAGCCGUAGUAAGAUUUGCAGGUUCACUUCUCAAGAGAGCAUUGAGUGAAUCUUUUGCUGGUGUUCCUGUUCAAGAAGGUGAACCUCAGCCACUUAAUGAUUCCAAUGAUGCUCAUCGAAGACAUAAACUAGCAUUGGCUGUGAGAAGUUUGAGUUUAGAACUCGCUCGACAAAAAAACAGACGUCAACAAUCUGAUUUAGAUUUUGAAGAAGCAUCAUGUUACGAGGACGCACUAUGCGAGGAUUCAAAAGCAGAGGAAAAUUCUUCAACAAAAAGAAGAGAGAAAAUUUUGGCUAUAACAUUUACAUCACAAAUAUUCCAAACUUUAAUCGAUGAAGAAACAACAAUUUCUUUACCAUCAUCAAAACCGGACAUUAUUGAUGUUGAGACGAAUUCUGAUCUUUUAGAAUGUUUUGCAAGCUUCGUGGGAGAAAUCAAACGGAAUCUGAUAAAUGAUACAGCAUCAAAAAUGUUUCAGAUGCCGAGAGAAAAUAGUCCUCUUGGAGGUGGUUUAUUGCCAGUAGCUACAGGUAAUUGGGGAUGUGGAUCUCAUUUGAAAGGUGAUCCUCAAUUGAAACUUGUUAUUCAAUGGCUUGCUGCCUCUUUGGCGGGUGUUCCUAGAUUAAUAUACUACACUUCCUGUCACCCUAGUUUAUCAAAGUUGGACACAGUUAGUAGAGUGUUAAUGGAUAGGCAUUGGACUGUGGGAAAUUUGGCAGCAGCCACUUUGAGAUUUGCUAUUCAAACAAUUGAAGAAAGACUGGAAAGUAGAAAUAGUCUUUUUGAAGAUUUAAUUGGAAUGGAUAAACCGAGUCCUUAGCCCGAUACAAUGAUAUCCGUCAUGGUUGAUGUUCUUGCCUCAAUGAUAGAGGACAGCUUAUCAAUAUGUAUGGAUCAUGAAAUGUCUAUUUAAUCAAAUUGAAAAAGAAAAUAAUUGUCCUGCAAUCAACACUUUCUAUAAAUCGGUAAAUUAGCUAUAUCAAGAACUCGAGUUCUACUCAACAAAAAUACAGAAAAGUAUUUUUAAAAAUAAUACUCAAAAACACACAUAUUUAAAAAAAAGUGAAAAAUACCAAAAAGAUAUGAAAAAGUAUUUAAAUUAAAGGAAAAUUAAAAGAGAUUAAAAAAGUAUUUUAAAAAGUUUUUAAAAAAGAAGAAAAAAAUAAAGUUACUUUUCAAAAAUAUUGCAAAUAAAAAAUUGUUUUAAAUACGCAAAACAUAAUCCAGAUGAGCUGGGCACAAAAUAUAUUAAAAAAAAAGGAAAGCAACAGAACAUAAAACAUCUUUUCUAUUGCAUUUAAAUAGGCCGUGCUUGUGAUUGAAAAAAAUUAAUUAAAAAUAAAAUGCGCGGUAAUAAAUAGGUCAAAUAACUUUUUUCCAAAAUCAAAUCUCAAAGAAAAGUAGGUACAUUAAAUUAUUUGCAUUCAUUUUUUUAAAAUAAUAAUAAAAAUUAUUUUAAAUUAUGACAAAUAAUUAUGUUUUCUCAUUUGCAUUUUCUAUCGAAAAUUUUCAAUCACGUCAUAUCAAUUAAAUAUCACAGUGACAAAUAGACAUUAAAACAUAUUUAAAAUCAAUCGCAUCGUUUAUGUAUCUAGAUAUAAAAAAAAUUGGCACUAACAAAAAAUAAUAACGCCAAUGUCAUGCACAAAAUAAAUGUAUAAUUUUUGUUAUAAGAAACACUGCAAAUAGAAUUAUAAAGACGAUAUUUAAAUUUUAUCGAAACGGCUUAAUGUACUGACGGAAAAAUAAUUAAUAAUUUCCGAUGCACAGUAUAUACUAUACUAUAUUUUGUACAGUGAUAUUUCAGUAAGUUAUUUAUGACAGCCAAAAAAAAUAUAUAUAUAUGUAUAUAUAUUUAAAAAAAAAAUAUAUAUAUGUAUUAGUCACGUAUAGAUUUUUAGAAACCAUUUUUAGAAAUUACUGUUUUAUAUAAACGAAUCUAUAAAGGACAGCAUUUUUACCGCAAUAAAAUAAGAAAAUACUAUUUGCAAUUUUUAUGAUAUUGAAGAAAGACACUUUAUCUUAACUCUUCAUCAGUUAUGGGUUAAAGUAUUUUAUAAAUAGCAAAAUAAAGAAAAAAAAACAUAAUUCAAAAUACUUGCAGUUUUUACAAAUACUAAUUUAAAUAUAACAUGUUUUUCAAGAUCUUCAAAAACUAAUUUUACAGUCUUUUAUAAUCAGUAAAACACGCAUAUGAUUCAUAUUUAUUUUUAAUGUAUAGUAAAAAAAAUUUCUUCACUCCACAUUGAUGUAGAAUUAAGAAAUUGACGUUGUGGCCUAUAUUUGAUAAGGUCUUCCAUAAAAAGAAAUUUUUAACCAAAAAAAAAAAACAC